GGGGUAGAGACAGAGCUGGAGGUAAACAGAGACAGAAAAAGACUGAGAGAGAGCUAGAUAAAAGAUCUGCAGGUAAAGAGAGAGAAUCACAGCAGCCGAGCAAGUGAUUCAAAUCCAAUAGAAAUUAAAGAUUUCAAGGCUCCAGUGCACUGCAUCCUGCAUGGCAUGCUCAGGUGAAGACACGCUCACAGCGAUGAAUAUAGAGAGGAUUAUCGAGUGUAUCCGAGAGGAUGAUCAGAAAGGACUGAAGGCAGAACUACAGCAAUUUAAUCGAGAGUAUGCACAGUGUUUCUUCUAUGAUUCGGAGGAGAGGGAGAGAAGAAGAAGGCUGGAGAUGGAAGAGUUCCGAAAGAAUAAAGUGCGGGAUUAUAUGUCAGACUCUGAUUCAGACUAUGAUGAAUCCGGUAACCCAGAUGUCAUUCUGAGACAGGCUCUGGCUAUGGUUUUGAUCAGGUUCCUCCAGACUGAACCGCAAGGGCGUCUGCUGAAAGUAUGCCUGAGAUCCAUCCGGAUUCUCUCCAGGGACAAAAAGGUUUUGGGCCCUCUGAUCACUGACAGAGCGCUUCUCACUCUUGCACAUCUGGGUGACAUCAGCAAUGCACCUGUUCCCAAAGAAGACAGCGACGGUGACUCUGACCCCUAUAAUGACAUCAUGGAGGCUAUUUCUGAGAGCAAAUUUGGUCGAGCGGACGAGGAUGAGCGCGGCAGUGAGGAAGACGAUGGUUCUGAGGCAGUUAGCGGUGAUGUGAACGACCCUGUGGUCUGGGGUCAGAGUGAUUGGUGCGGUGAGCGCAAGGCCAGCACUUUUUCAAACAUGAGCCUCAUUCCUUCUCGCAGGAGGAGCAGCGUUUUCAAAGCUCUGACGCGAGGUAAAAGAGACAGCAGAGGAAGCCUUGGGGGAGGAGAGGAGGAGGAGGAGGAAAAAGAAGAAAAAGUUGAUGAAGUCAGUAGAAAGGAAGUCAUGAAAAUCUUCUGUAACAUUGUUUACAAUAGUGCUUGGGCACAAGAGAGAGCCAGCGAACUCGGUCUCCUCUGUGGUCUGACAGAAAAGCUAAGUAAGGAGUUUCAGUCCGCAUCUUCCCCCUGUGGUCAGUUUUACACACUCCGGUUCAUGUUUUUACUGACAGCGUUGAGACCUGAACUCAGAGCACAGCUGAAACAAGAGGGAGGAGUGCCAUUAUUAACAUCGGUGCUGGAGAAGAGUUUAUCAGUCCAGUGGAAGGAGCAAUAUGAAGUGGUGCUGGAUCCUACAGCGCCUCCUAUUAGUGUGGAGGACUCACAGCAGGCUCAGGAGGCCCUGAAGAUUCUUUUUAAUAUAACACACAGCACACACACUCAGGAACCAGAAGAGGAAGAUGCGUCUCUCUAUCGCCACCUGGCGGCAGUUCUGCGUCACUGUCUGAUGCUCUCCUGUGAGGAAGAGGAAGCUACAGAUGAAUUAAAGGGGCAUGCAGCGAAUAUGCUGUCUGCUCUCCCACUGAGCUGUCUAGACGUUCUGGUGUCUGUGCCUCUGGGUCCAGACUCACACCAGAUCAAUGGAGCCAACAUGGACUGUGUGCACAACCUGCUCAUCUACAUGGAGAGAAAACUGGAGCAGGGAGAAAAGGUCAAAGAGAGACUGACUCCUGUGCUGAACUUGCUGACCGAAUGCUCCAGAGGUCACAGAGACACGAGACACUACCUCAGACAACAGAUUCUGCCUCCGUUAAGAGAUGCCAGCACUAAACCUGAGGAGGGAAACACCAUGAGGAAUCGUCUGGUCAGACUGAUGACCCACCUGGACACUGAGCUCAAACACUGCGCUGCUGACCUGCUCUUCGUGCUGUGCAAAGAGAACGUCAGGCGUUUCGUGAAGUACACUGGAUAUGGAAAUGCUGCUGGGCUCCUGGCCACUAGAGGCUUGCUAGGAGGUCAGAGGUCAAAGGCCACAUCAUCAGGCACGCAGUACUCUAGCGAUUCAGACUCGGACACCGAGGAGUACCGGCAGAUUAAAGACCGAGUGAAUCCAGUGACGGGACAGGUGGAAGAGGAGCAGCCUGAUCCGAUGGAGGGAAUGACAGAGGAGGAGAAAGAGGAGGAGGCUCACCGGCUCAUCAGUCUUUUUAACAAACUCUCAAAGGAUAAUAUGAUUCAGCCGAUGGGACUGGACGAAGAGGGUCAGCUGGUGCCUCUGUCGGAGCUCAGGGACCUUUCAGAGGAGGAGAGGAAAUCAGAGGAAGAACAUGAUGACCUGGAGAAUGUGGAGUAGAACUGACAUAGAUGUGGUGAUCAAAACUGACUAGAUAAAUAAUCAUAUUUCAAUAUGAUAUAGUUUGAACAGUUAGGGUUAUCACAUAACACCACCUAGACAUAUUACCUGAAUAUAUCUAAUUAAUUGAAACACUUUAUUCAUUUAGUACACAUCUGGUCAAAAGUUUGGAUCAAUGAGAUAAAAUAAUAAUUAUAAUAAUAAUAUAUAUAUAUAUUGUUUGUUUGUUUUAGCAAGGAUGCAUUAAAUUAAUCAAAAGUACAACAGUUAAUACAUUUAUGAUAUUACAAAUAUAUAUUGAUAUAAGAAAAUGCUGUUCUAUUCAUCAAAGAAUCAUGAAAUUAAAAAUGUAUCACACUUUCCUCAUAGAUAUAAAGCACCACUGUUCUCUACAUUGAUAAUAAUCUGAAAUAUUUCUCAGCAUAUCAGAAUGAUUUCUGAAGAUCAUGUGACACUGAAGACUGUGUCUUGAUGCUGAACAUUCAGCUUUGCAUCACAGGAAUAAAUUGCUAAAUUACUAUUAUUUUACAAUAAUAAUAUUAAAAUAUUCAAAAUAACUUUAAAACAGAAAACAGUUAUUUUGAACUGUAAUAUUUCACAAUUUGUACUGUAUUUCUGAUCAAACACGUAAAUGCAUCUUUGGUGGGUAAAAGAGACUUUUUUCCAAUAGCAUUACAAAAUCUUACCAAACUUUUGAAAGGUAGCGUAUGUAUAAAUAAGUUUAUAUCACAAUUAUUCAAUUAGUGAGUGCAUUUACUGUAUGUGUUGUCAAGGACUCUGUGUUCUUUAAAUAUUAAUUUGAAUGUUCAUUUAUAUUCGUGAAUGUAGAAUCAGUGGUAUGAACAUAGUUUCCAUUUAAUGUAAGUUAGUUGUGUUUCCUAAACAGAUUGCAGGACAUGUUGUGGUAGUCUUUGUUUUUAUUUGUGUUGUGUGGCACUGAGAAGCUCCGCCCACAGUCAAAUCUUAUUGGUGUAAACCCCUCUCCACAUAGCUGAAUAAUAAAUGUUAAACUGAUGUGUGAA